GGCAGUGUUCUUAGGGCAGUGGAGCGGGGAGGACGUUGCUGGGUUGCGUUCCUGUCUCCGUGAGUGAGUGAAGCGUUGGUGCGUGUGUUGUGUUGUGACUUGAGACAUGCGAGCGGCGUGAGGAAAGGAGCAAGCAUGUCUCCCUCGCUGUUUCCUGCGGCUUGGGUCUUCCUACUCGCUGUCUCCUCCUCCUUCAGUGUCUCGGCUCAGUACUUAGAGGACAACGAGGCCAAUAAAGGACUCUUUCCACACGUCAUUAACCUGGCCACGGGCGCGAAAAUCACAACCAACGCCACUUGUGGGGAGGACGGACCGGAGGUGUACUGCAAGCUGACGGACCACUCGGGGAACAGGGCGCCUCAGUGUGGGGUGUGUGACGCCCUCUCGCCUGACCCCUCGCGCCGCCAUCCGAUAACCAACGCCAUCGACGGAACGAACUCGUGGUGGCAGUCCCCGACCCUGGCUGCCGGCCGCUGGUACGAGUGGGUCACCAUCACCAUAGAUCUGAAGCAGGUGUACCAAGUCGCCUACGUCAUCGUCAAGAGUGCCCUAUCGCCUCGGCCUGGGAAUUGGGUGUUGGAACGCUCGAUAGACGGCAGGGAGUACAAGCCUUGGCAGUACUACGCCCUCUCCGAUGCCGAGUGUUCGUCCUGGUUCGGUGUUCCUGCCACUAGAGGUCGCCCCGCCUACACCUCCGACACCCAAGUCAUCUGUACGUCCUAUUUCUCGCGUCUGAACCCGUUGGAGGGAGGAGAGAUCCACACGUCUUUGGUGAACGGGCGGCCGGGGGCUCCAGGACCAUCAAAGCAGCUGUUGGAGUUUACGGAGGCGAGAUAUGUGCGACUGAGGCUGCAGAGGAUACGAACGCUGCACGGCGACCUCCAAGGAAGAGAUGCUCAGAACGACGCCUCUGUGACCAAGAGGUAUUUCUACUCCAUCAAGGACAUCAGUAUCGGCGGCAGGUGUGUUUGUAAUGGUCACGCUGACGACUGUGAAACGGGGAACCAGUUCCCGCGUUGUUCCUGCGUCCAUAAUACGUGCGGGGACAGCUGCGAUACCUGCUGCCCCCUCUACAACCAGCAGCCGUGGCGCGCCGGGAACUUCAGCGACGGCGGGGCGUGCGAGCAGUGCCAGUGCUUUGGUCACGCAGACUCCUGCAUCUACGACCCGGAGGUGGCCAGCAAGCGGCUCUCCCUCAAUACCAGGGGCGAGUAUGAUGGCGGCGGCGUGUGCGUGGCCUGCAGGGACGACACCGAAGGCUACAAUUGUGAAAAGUGCGUUGCCGGCUUCUACAGACCCCAGGGCGUGGCACCCGGCGCAGAACGCCCGUGCCGCCCGUGUGCCUGCUCGGGGCCUGGCAGCACCGGGGGAUGUGUGCCUGACGAUUCGCAGUUCAACCUCGGCCUCUUCCCCGGCGCCUGCAUCUGUAAGGAGGGAUUCCACGGCCCGCGCUGUGACCGCUGCGAAAAGGGCUACCGCCGCUACCCCGCCUGCGAGCCUUGCCCCUGCGACCGUGCCGGCUCCAAGGGUGACGAGUGCGAGGGCGACUGUGACUGCAAGGAGAAUGUGGUCGGCCCUCGCUGUGACACCUGUGCGCCCGGCCACUUCCACCUGGAUGCCCGGAACCCUGUUGGCUGCACUGCCUGUUACUGCAAUGGCGCCACCACCGUCUGUGAGGCCGCCAAGCUGGCCGUCUACACAGUGUUGGAGCGGGCCAACUGGCAGGUGACAGACUUGCUGCGUCGGCGGGUGGUGGUGGCGGUGCACGAAGAGAACGACGUGAGGAUCGCCCACGACGAGAUGUCCCGCUUCAACUCCUACUACUUCCUGGCGCCUCAGGAGUACCUUGGCUCCAGGAUGACUUCGUACGGCCAGACCCUGAAGAUCAAGGUGUCGUGGGUCCAGCUGAGAGGAGACACGUCUGGCCAGGCCACGCGCUGCCCGGAUGUCAUUAUUGAGGGCGCUGGGUAUCGCAUCGCUUAUGGAGACAAUGUGUACCGGAGACUCAAGUCCACCGUCCUGGAGAUUCCUCUGUAUGAGCAUGGAUGGUUCCACUUCCCUAAGGACCUGUCAGACAUAGGACCCAACACCAAGUCCAAGCAGUACAAGGGCCGGGCGGUGACCAGGCGGGAGAUGAUGGAGAUCCUCAGCUCCUUUGAGAGUCUGAUGAUUCGAGCGAGGUUCCACACUGUCCAGAUUGAAGGGAUCCUGCAUGACGUGAUCCUGGAGUACGGGGCAGAGGGCACGGCCACACUGGUGACGGGGGCCGUGGAGCGCUGCAGCUGCCCCCCAGGCUUCACUGGGCUGUCCUGCGAGAGCUGUGAGCCAGGCUACUGGCGCGUCAACAACACCAUCUUCGGGGGAGAGUGUCGGAAGUGUGACUGUAACGGCCACGUGGACACCUGCAACCCUUACACCGGGGCCUGUGGGGAGUGCAAACACAACACGGUUGGCCCACGCUGUGAGCGCUGCGCUGCCGGCUUCUUUGGGGACGCCACCCUUGGGACACCCGAUGCCUGCCAGCCCUGCGAGUGCCCGCUGCCCCUCGGCUCCAACCACUUCACCCCAAGAUGUGUGCCGGACCUCGACCUUGGGGGCUACAAGUGCCAGUGCCGGACAGGCUACACUGGACCCAAGUGUGAGAGGUGUGCUGAUGGGUACUUUGGCAACCCUUUCAAGCCUGGUAACUACUGCCAGCCCUGCGAGUGUAAUGGGAACCUUGACCUGCGUGAGCCGGGCACCUGUGACUCCCAGACCGGCCAGUGCCUCAAGUGUACGGGCAACACGGCCGGCUGGCACUGUGAACGCUGCAAGGAGAACUACUACGGGGACGCCAGCAGAGGUCAAUGCCUGAGCUGUGGAUGCCAUGAACGAGGGUCACUCUCCCCGCGCUGUGACCCCACGACGGGACAGUGCCAGUGCCGACCUCUCUUUGCUGGGCGGCAGUGUGACCGGUGCAGGAGAGGCCACGGGGGUGUGAACGAGGGCUGCCCGCGGUGCCAGUGUGACCCCGAGGGAUCCACCAGCCAGAUCUGUGACCCCUUCACCGGCCAGUGUCCCUGCAAGCCGGGCGUUACCAGCAAGACAUGCUCCCAGUGCCUCCCCAACCACUAUGGCUCCCUCGCCCAGGGCUGUUCACGGUGUGGGUGUGACGAGCGGGGGUCAACCAGCGCCACUUGUGACAUCGUGAGCGGCCAGUGUCUGUGCAAGAACAACGUGGCGGGGCGGGCCUGUGACUCCUGCCGGCCUAGCUUCUGGGGUCUCUCUACGGGUACUGGAUGCCGCCCGUGCGACUGUGACCGCCGCGGCAGCAUCAGCCCCCAGUGUGAUGACGCCACGGGCCAGUGCCGCUGCAGGCCGGGCGUCGGGGGGCCCCGGUGUGACGCCUGCCUGCCCGGCUACUGGGGCUUCUCGGCGCAGGGAUGCAAACGCUGUGACCCGUGUGGCACCCCAGGCCGCUUCUGUGACCCCAACUCCGGCCGCUGCAUCUGCCCCCCGAACACUGAGGGCGACCGCUGCGAGAGGUGCUCCCCCGGCUCCUGGGAGUACCACGCCUCCAGGGGCUGCAAGCCCUGCAAUUGCUCAGGCGUUGGAGCUUUGAAUCGCCAGUGUGAUGCACGCACAGGCCAGUGUGUGUGCAAGGAGGGCUAUGAGGGUGAGCACUGCGGCCGGUGCAGCUACGGCUUCUAUGGGUUCCCGGUGUGCAGCCCGUGCAGGUGCUCCAUCCCCGGCACCAACCCCCGCAACUGUGACAGGAAAGGGCGAUGCCAGUGUGAUGAGCGUGGACAGUGCCCAUGCAAGGCCAAUGUGGUGGGGCGCAGGUGUGGUAAGUGUAUCAGUGGGACAUUUGGCCUUUCGGUAGACAACCUUUCGGGGUGCACGAGUUGCUACUGCUUCAGGAGGACCAACCAGUGCACUCAGGCUGACCUCACGUGGUCUCAGCUGCGCAUGUUGAAGCCCCGGGUACUGACCGUGGAGUACCGUCGGCCAGUGUCAGGAGAGCGGCCAGUUCGUCCACCUAUAGUCGUAAUCCGCCCUUGGAACACCCAGGAGAUAUGUUAUAUCAAUUUAGCACUGCCUGGGGAGAGGAUUCUCAGCUUUGGGUCAGGCGAGACGAACCUCAACGUGACCAACCAGCUUCAUGUCAUCCCGGGGACAGAGGGAAACGUUUCCAUUGUGUCGUCUCUGCCUUUUGAUGCCCCGCUGUACUGGCAGCUGCCCAGGGAGUUCAUGAGGGACAAGGUCAAGUCCUACAAUGGUUACCUAAGGUUCAGGACACAGAGCAGAGGGGGGAGGAGGAGGUUCCCGGAGCAGAUCUUGCAGACGUAUCCUCUCAUCUCGCUCCAAGGCAACUGGCAGCUGGUCCUGGAGUACUACCCGCCCUCCGUGGCACCUGAUGGCCAAUACGAAGUGAAGCUACACGAGGACUACUGGCGCCUCAAGGGGGAGCCCAAUCGCCUGAGUCGGGAGAUGAUGAUGAUUGCCCUCCAGAACAUCCAGCACAUCCUCAUCAGGGCCACACACGCCUCGGAUGCCACCUCUGCCACGCUGCAAGACGUCACCAUGGAUAUAGCAGCGGAGGGCUCCCCAAUGUCCUCCCGGGUGGCGGUGGCUGUGGAGCAAUGCAUCUGUCCGUCCAGCUACUCAGGAACCUCUUGCCAGAACCCUAAUGUUGGUCAUUAUCGCUGGUACAAGGAUAACUACAUUACGUCCACCAUCAUCAUUGACCUGGUCGGGGAGUCGCGACGCUGCAAUUGUAACGGACGCUCAGAAACCUGCAACUCCGAGACGGGCAUGUGUCAGAACUGCAGAGACAACACAAUGGGCCCCAACUGCGAGGUAUGUGCCACUGGUUACUAUGGCAACCCCGACCUUGGCCCCUGCAAGCCGUGUGCCUGCCCAUCCAGGAAACAGAACUUUGCCGAGACUUGCCAGGCCGACCGCUAUGCUGAGUACGUCUGCAACUGUCGGACGGGCUACACCGGGAGCAAGUGUGACAGGUGUGACUACAGCUACUAUGGGAAUCCCUCACAGCCGGGGGGUUCGUGUGUGCCCUGCAACUGUGAUCCCUUCGGCAGCGUGCAUGAGGGCUGUGACAACCAGGGCCAGUGUACCUGCAAGGACGGUAUCACGGGCAGAGAUUGCUCCCAGUGUGCCCCUCGCCAUGUCACGUCUGCAAGGGGCUGCCAGUCGUGUGUGGAUGGAUGUGUCGAUGUUUUGCUUGACGAGGUGGAGGAGAUGAUUGAUGAAGUUACUUCCGUUGACAUGACUGGCAUCAUUCCUGCUCCCUGGCCUUCACUUAGGGAGAUCAUGAACAUCACCAAGGUCCUGCGUUACCAGUUGAACCGCUACCACAGCAGCGUUGACACCUCUCAGAAGCUGGUGGUGGAGUUUGACCUUGACUACUAUGCCAGAGAUCUCUUGAAAAGGGCGGGGGGGCUUGUGGACGCCGCCAGAGAGACUUACCCGCCCACAGCCAAGAUCAAGUCUGAGGCCCAGUCUAUCUUGGACUUGCUGAACACGCUCUACAUAGAGAUUGAAAAAACGAUUGUGUACCUCAAGAACUAUGCCAUCGGAGAGACGCCGAGCAUCUCUGUUGGCAGUGCCCUGGAGGAGGCCAAGAAAAUCCUGAAGGAGAUCCAGAUGAGAAAUUUCACUCGCUUUGAGGAGAAGGCCGACACAGAGCUGGUAAAAGCUGAGCUACUUCUGGAAAGAAUAAAGAAGAUGGAUCAGUCUAACCCUCUCAUUCAGGAUAUCAGCUUCCGAGUUGAUGACUUUGAUAACAAGCUGAAGGAAAUGCGGGAGAAGAUCAGGAUCUCCAACGAGAAGACUAAACAGGCCGGGUUGUUGAUGGAGGGCAACGCAAGGCGGCUGAGGCGGCUCAAGGAGUACUCAGGCCAGAUCAGGGACUUCCACCUCAUCAUCAUGGACCAGAAUUUCAACUCGACACAGCUGCUGAAGGACGCCGCUAACUACCUACUCAACACCGGCCUCAACUUUGAUGACAUAGUAAGGCUGCUGAGAGAGUUGAGGAACAGCACGUCCUUCCUUGCCGAGUAUGAGGCCAAGCUGCGCCGGGAGAACCAGGAGUAUCGAGAGAGAUACGUCAAGCGUGCCCACGACCAUGCCAUGGACCUGAUGCGUAGGUCCAUCCGCUUAGAAAGCUUGUUUAACAGAACAAGGGACAUUGCUGUCGGCCCCUUGCGUGCUGCUGAAGCCUACAAGCGGAUUGUUGAUGCCCUGCUGAGUGCUGAGGAGGCUGCUCGCAAUGCUUCAGCAGCUGCUGAGAAAGCCUACACAGUGGCUUAUCCCGGUCGCCCGGAAGACUCGCUGGUUCGCCAAGCCUCCCAGUCACUUCGAACCUCCCAAGAGCUUCAGUCCAAGGGCGGUAACCUGAAGGCAACAGUGACACGGCAGCUGGGUGACCUUGGCAAGCAGCAACGAGCCCUGGGCACCACUAAAGGCAUCCUGGACAUCACCAACAGCCGGCUCAAUGCCCUCAACACACUCAUGGACAGACAGUUCUCUAUUGACAUAUCCACAGACAUCCAACGAGCACUAACAAGGACGGAGGAAACGAACCGCAAUGUUGGGGGAACGCUGGAAAAGGUUACGUCCAUCCACACCAACCUCACCAUCAUCCGGGAGCGGGCGAUGGAGCUAAGCCGAUUUGACACCUCCCUCCUCAACGAAAUACGAGAAACAAUCAACACCGCCAAGAGCCACACCACUAAGGGCGUCCGCCUCGCCAGCAACAUGCAGAAGACUGUGGACAGAAUCGAGAUCCAAAGCAAGGACCUGAGGGAGAGGAUUGAGGCGCUGAAGAGGAAGAUAAAGCAGACGAGACAGUAUGCCUCCUCGAUCCGUGUGUCCCUGACCACUGACGAGGCGGGCGUGUGCACCAGGAAGUACCGGCCGACGCUCCACCCCUCCACCACCACCACCAUCGUGUUCACCUACGCCGUCAGCAAUGCCGAGACAGACGCUCUGCUCCUUUAUGUUGGCUCCAGCAACUCGAGCGACUUCAUGGCAGUGGAAAUGGUGAACCGCAGGAUAGAGUUUGCUUGGGAUGCCGGCGGUGGCCCGCAGCGCAUCACUCACCCGCUCAGUCUCCUCACCAACACUCCAGAGGUCUCGGAUGACACGCGAUGGUACCACAUCACAAUCAAUCGGGUCGGCAACAUUGGCCAGCUGUCGGUGGUGCCGGCCAAUGCAGAGGGUCCCACAAGCAUCAGGCAGACACCGGUGAGUGACGCCUCGCCGCCUGGCUUCAGCAAAAUGGAUCUGCUGCCCACGGACACAGUUUGGGUUGGCGGGGCGCCACGCAGAGCAUUUAACUUGUUGAAGACUCGGAAAUUCUCCGGCUGCCUGUACACACUGUCCAUUGACGGGGAAAACAUUGGCCUGUGGAACUUCACUGAAUCCCAAGGCUGUGGGGCAUGUAAUGAAGGGGAGGAGCUGGUGCUGAGGGAGAGUUUGGCACUUGGUUUCAAUGGCAAAGGUUACUUCAAGGGCAACGCAGGGCUGAUGCGGCCCAAGCCUUACUACAACACUGUCCUGUCCUUCAAGACCCUUGAUGAAGAUGCUCUCCUCUUCCUGGCUGUAAAUGAUGUUAAGAACCAAUACUUCAGCAUUGCCCUGGAGGGAGGCCACGUGGUCUUCACCGUCCAGUUUGACAGCCAGACGCGGCUUGUGAUGAAGUCUAGUCGCCGCCACAACAACCGGGACAUGAUACAGAUCCAGGCCAUCGUGCAGAAUGGGGCCAAGAAUGGUGCACGCAUGGGUCGCCUGGUGGUGGGUGACCAGGACCAGCUGGGAACUGUCAAGGGCGGCCCAGACCUUGACCUCUCCAAUGUUCCCUUCUACUUUGGAGGCGUCGACCCGGAGUUUGACCGAAACAAGUGGGACAAUGUGCUGGUGCUGCGGUCAGUGCUGGGCUGCAUGUCUGGCCUCUCCGUGCUGGACAAGGGCAGAAACCCUCGCACAGAUGGACAGUUUUAUGGCAUCGACAGCUCCUGCUCAGACAAGCCUCUGUAUGAUGUUGGCUUCCUGGGCCGAGGCUUCGUGGAGCUUCCAUCCCACAUCCUCAAGAGAGACUCCAACUUCGGCUUCACCUUCCAGACGAUGGAGACGGAUGCCCUUCUCAUGGUGUCCACCUUCAUCGGCCAGGAUAAUGAGACAGAGGAAGACUCGGAGCGCACCACCACCACCACCACCACCACAACCACUCCUCUGCCACCCGGAGCAGUGCACCCACCAGACUUCUACUCUGUCUCUCUGGUAGAAGGUCACCUGGACAUAAGACUCAACGGUGGAGGAGGAAGCCACAGAAUAAUGUCCUCGACCAAGUAUAAUGAUGGCCGCCUCCACGCCUUCUUCGUGAUCAAGGAGAACAGAAGAGUCACCUUGAAAGUGGACGACGCUGAGGUCAACGCCACCCGGCUUGACAGAGGGAGCCAGGUGGUGGUGGGGCCGGACACAGGCGGGCUGUACUUUGGGGGCGUGCCAGAGGACCUCGACAUAGUGAGGAUGGUGGGCUCUUCACGGCCACUCAAGGGAUGUGUGAGGGAUGUCAUCGUCAAUAACAAAGUCGUGUCAUUCUCAAGGCCUAUAAGGUUCAAGGAGGUGUACAUUGGGCGUUGUGCUGACCUCCCAGCCAACGCCAUGCAGGGGAUGGAGGCCGACAUGAAGGUGGCGGACUCGUGCCUGCCGCCAACCCAGCACACAGUGGAGUACAAGGCUCUCAAGUUUGGAGAUCAGCUGGACUCCCAUGUGCUGGUGCCCCUCCAGUCCAAGACCUUCAAGAAGAACUUCGAGGUCUCUUUUGAGUUCAGGACAUAUUACCCCAAUGGACUCUUCUUUAUUGCUUCCAACACGCGGAGGAAGCGCGUGCAAUCCCUCUCUGCAGAGCUGCACAAUGGCCGGGUGAAGGUGUCCCUGAGGAAGGACAGCAGGAAGGGCUCCAAGGCAGUGGAUGCCGUCUCUCAGGCAGGACUUAACACCGGCCAGUGGAGGAAGGUCAGGAUAGAGAGGGUGAAGAAGCGCCUCUCCCUCUACAUAGACAGUCAGCUGGUGAAGCGAGUGAAGGUGCCACGCAAGGUGAACGUGGGCCGAGAGUUGUUCCUCGGUGGGCUGCCCUCCAGAGUGGUGGGAGCGGAGGAGGUCGAGCCGCUGCGAGGGUGUUUGAGGAACCUGAAUAUCAACGAGGAGGAGUACGAGAUCCCCAGCACGAGGCGGCGGGACCAGAUCGUUGGAGUCGGCCAGUGCUUCGCCAGCGUCCAGCCUGGCUCCUACUUCCCUGGGGAUGCCUAUGCUAUUUAUAGUAAUGACUUCAACGUGGGUCUGAUGCUGGACCUGCGGCUUGAGUUCCGAACAUGGGAGCUGAACGGCAUCAUCCUGAGUGUGGCUGACACGCGCGGCACCUCCCUCUCCCUCGAGCUCAUUAAUGGAGCAGUGGUGCUCAGCGUGGACAUGGGUGUCGGCCACUCGUUCAGUGCACGAGUUGGCCUCAGGAACAGGUUCAGCUUCUGUGACAACCGGUGGCACACUGUCAAAGCAAGCUACAUCAAGGAUUCGCUAGCGCUGCGUGUUGACAACCACCGAGAGGCUUAUGGCUUCAAUGGCUCUGGGGAGCAUGAGGGAGCCAUCACAGGGGCAGAACUCUUCAUUGGAGGCCUGCCAGACACAGCACUGCAGGGAACUCUCACCACCAGAGAGAACUUCAAGGGAUGCAUCCGUAAUAUCCUACUGAACAGCGAGAGGAGGGACUGGACCGACAUGUACAAGUUGCAGAAUGUUCUUCUCAGUGCGUGUCCUGUGCAGUGAGCCGAGCUUUAAUGUUCAUUGCAGAAAAGAUGUAAAAAUUUACUGUGUAGUGAAAAAUAAGGUCAUGCUUAGAGCUUUAAGGUGUUGUGCAAAUAACUAACAAGACUUACUUACACUCCCCCUCAAGGAAAUGAUGUCAUUCUAAUAAUAUAAACUGCUGG